CGCGGCGUGCCGCAAAUGUAGUAGUAUACGUGUGUGUGUAGCAUAAGGCCAUAGCGAGUAGUUUUGAUCCGCGCGCAGUCAUUAUUACGCCACUGCUCCGCGACGACGACGACGAUAUAUUUUCGGAGUGCGCGCCGAAACCAUCGUAUACAGGAGGAAAAAGCGUCUGUGUUGUCGUGUAACGCAUAGAAUAGUGUGCACCGGCACGGACUGUGUAUAUAUGCACAAAGUGUCAAUAGGCUGCGUCGAGCGACCAGUGCAAAUUGUCGUAUGUGCAGCAGCACUGCACUGCGCGCCUCCGAAAUUAUAUACAAGUGCGAAAAUCGAAAGUGUCGAGCGUGUGAUGUGAAUAGGCAAACAUGUCGCUCACCGGCUUCGUCGAAUUCUUUCAGAAAGGCAAGACGUUUCGACCGAAAAAGAGAAUAAACGAGGGUACGCUUCGUUACUCGCUAUACAAGCAAGCCCAGGCUUCUUUGAAUUCGGGCAUCAAUUUGCGAGACACUGUCAAAUUACCACCCGGUGAAGAAUUGAACGAUUGGAUUGCCGUUCACGUUGUCGAUUUUUUCAAUCGAAUCAAUCUGAUAUAUGGGACCGUGUGCGAAUUCUGUGACUCAAAGUCUUGUCCCACGAUGAGCGGAGGCUCUCGCUACGAAUACUUAUGGGCCGAUGGUGCCACUUAUAAAAAACCAACGGCUCUACCUGCCUAUCAAUACAUCUCCUUGUUGAUGGAUUGGAUCGAAGAGAGAAUCAACGAUGAGAGUUACUUCCCAGUUUCGAGUGAUGUGCCAUUCCCGAAAACUUUUGGACCGUUGUGCAAAAAAAUUUUAACGAGACUCUUCAGAGUUUUUGUACACGUAUACAUACAUCAUUUUGAUCGAAUAAUUGCUAUAUCGGCCGAAGCUCAUGUGAAUACUUGUUACAAGCACUUUUAUUACUUCGUAACGGAAUUCAAUCUCAUCGAGCCGAAAGAACUUGAACCUUUGGUGGAAAUGACAAAGAGGCUUUGCAAAGAUAUCGACUAUUCCAAAGACCCAGGACCAAGAAUUAGAUAAAAGAUAAACUAAAAUUUUUAUAGAAUUUUUAGAGCAACAAUGGCGUGUGUCAUUCGCUUGACGCGCAUUUAAUUAAAAUUUGUAAAUAAUAUAAUUUAUACAUAUAAUUGUGUACGUGACUCAGAGUUAUAUUCGAAUUUAUAGCUUUUAGGAAACUUGUACUUGAUAUUAUCAACUAUCGUAGACCAUUUGUAUUUAUCAUCGAUAUUUUCCACGUGUAAUUAAAUUAAUAUUUACUUAAUAUAGUGCCAAAACUGUAGGAAAAAGUUUGAUUUUCAGAUGAUUUUCUGAUUUCUAUUGAAUAUUUUUCAGAAACCUAUGAAGUAAAAGAACUUUGUACAUCGGGUUCGAAUUGCGAUUUUCUUAAAAUUAUUCAAUAAAAAGUUUGAAUAGCAUUUGUGAAAAUGUUAUAAUGCAUGACUUCUUCGGCAUCUUGCCAAACAAUUAUUCUAGUCAAAAUUAAAUGAAAAAAUUUGUUGAUUUAUAUAAUUUUAUUGAGAAUUAUUGCGACAUUUUUUAUGCUUAAUGAAAUUAAGCCUGUAAUGGAUAACAAAACUUAAAAUGAUAUUAAUAAAGGUGAAAGUGCAACUUA